CUCCGGCACCUUCACCCAUCAGCAGCAGCUAGCGACUGGUCCAGCACACUCUCUCGCCUCACGCAAUGGCUGCCUCCACCAUGGCGAUCUCCUCCACCAUGGCCGGCACCCCCAUCAAGGUGGGCUCCUUCGGCGAGGGCCGCAUCACCAUGCGCAAGACCGCGGCCAAGCCCAAGGUGGCGGCGUCCGGCAGCCCGUGGUACGGCCCCGACCGCGUCAAGUACCUCGGCCCCUUCUCCGGCGAGCCCCCGAGCUACCUGACCGGCGAGUUCCCCGGCGACUACGGCUGGGACACCGCUGGGCUGUCCGCUGACCCCGAGACCUUCGCCAAGAACCGCGAGUUGGAGGUCAUCCACUCCCGCUGGGCCAUGCUCGGCGCGCUCGGCUGCGUCUUCCCCGAGCUGCUCGCCCGCAACGGCGUCAAGUUCGGCGAGGCCGUCUGGUUCAAGGCCGGCUCCCAGAUCUUUAGCGAGGGCGGCCUCGACUACCUCGGCAACCCCAGCCUUAUCCAUGCGCAGAGCAUCCUCGCCAUCUGGGCCUGCCAGGUCGUGCUCAUGGGCGCCGUCGAGGGCUACCGCAUUGCCGGCGGCCCACUCGGCGAGGUCGUCGACCCGCUCUACCCCGGCGGCAGCUUCGACCCCCUCGGCCUGGCCGACGACCCUGAGGCCUUCGCCGAGCUCAAGGUCAAGGAGCUCAAGAAUGGCCGCCUCGCCAUGUUCUCCAUGUUCGGAUUCUUCGUCCAGGCCAUCGUCACCGGCAAGGGCCCGCUCGAGAACCUGGCCGACCACCUCGCCGACCCAGUCAACAACAACGCCUGGGCCUACGCCACCAACUUCGUCCCCGGCAACUAAGCUCGCCAUUCGCCUCUGCAACUCCAUUGUCUUCCGGCCGGGAGGGGCGUACGUGGAUUGGUUGAUGCUGCAAGCGAGCUGCCGCAUGCGUGUCUUGUUUCACGUUGCAUUUCAGGGGCAAGUCGAGAUGAUGAGUCGGCGUUGUACACUAAGAUGAUGUUUGUGCAAUAGUAGUGGUUUUGUUCCCUGGUGGUUAACCUUUGAUUUGUCUGAUUAAGGGCAUCUCUUAAUUUGUUACUGUCUACAACUC